AUGCUGCCGCUCCAGCCCCAUCGGUACAUGCUGGCGCUGCUCGCAAUAGCGACUGUCAGCGCCACAACAAACAUCUGCACGUCCUGGUCGAAGCGCUACAAGACGCAUCUCGAAGGCGUCUGCGUAUGUUCGGACGCUACGUGCGACACGGUGUCGAAUGACCACUUGCACCUGUCUAGCUAUGAGGCGGGUGUGUUUUCGACUUCCAAGUCCGGAGACCGCUUGACUGUCUCGGCGGUUGCACUGACGUUGGCUGCCAACGAUUCCGCAGACUUUAUUGUCGACACCGCGACGACUUUCCAGGCAAUCGUCGGCUUUGGCGAUACGCCGUGGACGUGGUUUGCGUUCACGGACGCGUCCGCCAUCAACUUUGAUCGAUUGACGUCCAAUCUCCAAGAGAUUCUUCUGAGCGCGUACUUUGGCGACGGCGGGCUGCAGUACACGAUUGGCCGCAUUCCGAUCGGCUCGACGGAUUUCUCGCUCUCGGUUUACUCGUACAACGAUGUAAAGGGCGACUUGGCCAUGAAGAACUUCAGCAUCGACGUGGACAAAGCCAAGAAGAUUCCCUUCAUCCAGCGAGCAAUGAAUACGUCUGCUCGAGGUAUGAAGCUCUUUGGAUCUUCCUGGGCACCACCUGCGUGGAUGACAACGGAGAACACGACAAUUAACUGCGCCCUGCAAGGGUACCCGGGCGGUGAGUAUUGGAAAGCUCUGGCGCUGUAUUACUCCAAGUUUGUGACGGCGUACGAAGCCGAAGGAAUUCCAAUGUGGGCCCUUACGACGCAAAACGAGCCCACCAAACAGUUUUCGUUCAAGUACUGGCAGAGUCUGCGCUUCAAUGCUACGACGGAGCGCGACUUCAUCAAGCGGGACCUUGGCCCCGUGCUGAAAGAAGAACAUCCCGACCUCAAGAUCAUCAUGAUGGAUGACCAGAAAGAUCUGUUGCUGGACUGGGACGCCGCAUUGCUCGACAAAGAGUCGGCACAGUACAUCUCGGGUGCUGGUGUCCACUGGUACAAGGACCUCGAUUUCUUGCUGGACACAGCAGGCAACUUCGAUGCUCUCGAGACUUUCCACCAGCGCUAUCCUGACGUGUUCAUCUUGGCCACCGAGGCGUGUGAAGGCUACUUGAUUGAUGGGGUCGGCACAGGUGCUGGUCCUGCCCUUCAUGAUCCCACGUUGGCGUGGCAGCGAGCGCAAAUCUACGCGCGUGACAUGAUCCUGGAUCUUUCUCACUACGCCUCGGGCUGGACGGACUGGAACCUGGUGCUCAACGCGACCGGCGGUCCCACAUGGAUCGACAACCGCAUCGAUUCACCGAUUCUCAUUGACGAAGAAGGAGGCGCUGAGUUUUACAAGCAGCCGAUGUUCUAUGCCAUGGGCCACUUCUCCAAGUUUUUGCCGCCUGGCUCAGUCCGCGUGGACCUGGCUGUCAGCUCAAGCGUGUCUUCGAUCGCAAGUCAGGUGGACAGCGUUGCAUUUUUGACUCCCGAGAAACAAGUCGUGCUCAUUGUCUCCAAUCGCAACAGCUCUGCACGGGACAUCAGUGUGAGUCUAUCGAGCCAGCAGCUGAGCAGCAGCUUCACGCUGGAAGCUUUCUCAAUCAAGACGAUCGUGAUCGGCCAAGUUGCAAGCAGCUACUAA